GCCGCGCCGAUGCCUUCAAUCUUGUUGGAUAACCGACGCCGAUGGAGGGCCCUCCGGUGCCGCCGCGGCAGCAAACCCUCGUCGCUGCCAUCGACAUGGGCACAAACUCCUUUAAGCUACUGGUGGCUCGUGUCCUCCCCCGCGGCCACCUCCUCGCCCUCGCCCGCCUCAAGGAGCCCGUCCUCCUCGGCCGCGGCCGCGCCGCCGAUGGCUCCGUUGCCCCCGAUGCCCGCCUACGUGCCGUCGCCGCCCUCCGCUCCUUCUCCCUCGCCCUCCGCGCCCUCGACGUCCGCCUCGCCCGUGUCGUCGCCACCGCCGCGCUCCGCUCCGCCCCCAACCGCGACGACCUCGUUACCGCCGUCAGCGCCGAGCUUGGCUUCCAGGUCGACGUCCUCUCCGGUGAGGAGGAGGCCCGGCUCGUCUACCUCGGCGUCCUCCAGUUCCUUCCCCUCUUCCAUAGAACCAUUCUCGUCGUCGAUAUCGGUGGGGGUUCCACCGAAUUCGUGGUGGCGAACAAGGGGAAAGUCCUCUACGCUACCUCUCUUGAUCUCGGACACGUUUCCUUGACCGAAUUCCACGAGAGACAUGGAAACUUUGGAGAUCUCCGCAGCUACAUCCGUUCCGUUCUCAACCAAUCGCCGUUGGUGGACAAGGUCAAGGAACUAGGGUUUGAGAUUGCUGUCGGUUCAUCAGGAACAAUCCGUUCGAUCGAAAGGUCCAUAUUUCUUGAUGGCUUUGAUGAAUCUAUGAGAAGAGACUUUGGCAGGGAGUGGAGGUUCAGUAGAGAUGAAUUGGGGCUUCUUGUUGAAAAGCUUACUAGUCCGAAUCCUAGUGAGGUAGAGAGAGCAAAAAGAUUGGGAUUUCGAAAGAGGAGAAGAGAGUUUAUUGUUGCGGGUGCUGUGCUGUUAUUGGAGAUCUUUGAGACUCUUGGAAUUGACAACAUUGAGGUCUCUGGGUAUGCUCUCAGUGAAGGGGUCAUUUCUGAGAUGCUCACAAAUGAUCGGAUGGACUAUGAUAUUGGUAUGAAUGCUCGAUGGCGGUCAGUAGUAAGCCUAGCCAUGAGAUUCGAUGGGGACAACAGGAUGAAAUCUGCUUUACAUUGUGUUGGCAUCGCCAAGGAACUUUUUGAUGGCAUUAGAAGAUCGGACGAGCUCGUUGAUGGCAAUGCACGGUUGCAUGAAAAAGAUUUUGAGUAUAUGGAAGCAGCUUUAUUGCUUCAUAAUAUAGGAUUAUUAAUGGGCAUGAAAGGAUACCACAAACGUUCGUACAAGAUAAUCAAGAAUUGUGGACAUCUUCAUGGUUACAGUUCUGAAGAGAUAGAGCUUGUUGCUCUACUUGUGAGAUUUCACAGGAAAAAGUUUCCAAGAUACCAGAAUGAUCAUUUAAAAGAACUUUCAGCUGAGAUGAGGCAGAAAUUUAGAGUUCUUUGUGUAAUCACACGAAUUUCUUUGAGACUACAAAAAUGUCAGUGUGUGACUUCCCAAAGACUUGAAGUUUUUCCUACUGAAGAAGGUUUUGAAAUGGUUCUUGGUAGCUUGAAGGACCAUCUGCAAGGUUCCCAUGGGAUCGAACUGACAUCAGCCAUCAUUGAGGAAGAACUAAGACCUGAAUUAGAUCAUUUCGAAGAGGUGUUCCAGCAGAAAAUGUCAGUUUCAGUCCCUUGAGGUUGCAGAAAGAGGUACCUUUAAACCUCAUGUGUUUUAUGCUGAAUUCUGUAUCCAUAACUUGUUGAUCAUCAUAUAAACUAUUCUAAGCUGCAUUAGAUAAACUCGAUCUUAGGCUUCUUCUUUUUUCUGUUUAUUGGCAAUAAAAACAUUAAAAAGAAGAAGAAGA